UCAGUUGGCAGCACUGGUUUUCCUUUUUCUAUUCUGGUUUUGAUAUGUUGGGUUAUGUCCAGAGACUCUAUGAUAAUGAAAUUGUGCUUAUUAAACAAACUUUAAUGUAAUAGGAGCACCCUACUAUCAUACUAUUAACAUGGACAGCGAAUCUGAAUACGACUACGAAGUGGAUUCGGUCACUGAAGGUAAGCUUUUGGAGAGUGAUGAAGACUUCCUAGAAUUGGAUGCGGAUAUAACUUUGGAAGACAAUUUGGAUAAACCUGAAAAUAAAGAAGACAAACCCAUGUUGGAAGACCCAAAACUAAAGACAAACAUAUCAAACAUUUUGGAAAAGAAAUCUCAAAACCAACAAGAGCCACAGGAGCAACCAAGAAAAAGGAGGUAUUUUGUCAACCCACGACAAGGCUCAAACCAUAGAAAACGAUUUCCAAGUAAAAAUAACCAUCACAGGGUACAGCCAUGGUCAUCGGGUGUUAUUCCAGGCACACCUGUACAAGGUGCAAUGCAAGUACAACUUUCUUCUCCGGUUUGGGUUUCCACAUUACCCUGCAUACCUGUUACACAGCCAAUGCAGGCUCCACUAUGUGACCAAAUUACCAAUAGACCCAACCCUCAUACAUAUGGAAACCAAUAUAAAAACAGUUACAAAAAAAGAUAUAUUAAUGAAAGGAAUCCUAUAAACAAUUCAGGACAAAAUAAUACCAAAACUAAAAUAAACAAUCCUGCUAGUUCUAAUUGUAGUUCAACUGAAUAUCAGCCUGAAUAUAAAUACCUUCAGCUCCUUGAAGAGCAAAAGAAAAUCAGAGAACAUUUAAUAAGGUAUAAAGAACAACGAAGAAAGUUUUUACAGGAAAUAAAAGAAGAUCCCAAAGAAAUUUGUUCACAAAAAAUCCAUAACAACUUCAUUCAGAAUAAUGAUAAACCAAGGCUAAAUUUUAAACAAUAUAAUAAUUUUAAAGUUGCCAAGACUCCACAAAAUAAUUUUCCAAAUAGUACAAUUACAACUAAACAAAAUGCUCCAAGUUUUAGUCAUACAGUUCAAUUUGUGCCCAAUCAAAAUUUAAACCCUUCUACUCCAAAAUCAAUUACAGUGCAAGUAAGAAACAAUAAGCGAUAUGUGAAAGAAGAGGAUACUCCUCCAAACAUUAUUAUUACAAAAACAGUAAAAAAUACAAACCACACAUUUUUUUAAGAAUCCCAAUAUUUUUGUACCUAGCAUUAAUUUUAGUUUGUGGCUAGUUGCAUUCUUUAGAGUUAGAAGUAUAUUUUGUUACUAUUCUUUUAUAUAAAACGUUGAAAUAAAAAUUUAAUUUCAAGUAACA